UCGUUUACACCUACCCCUUCACCUUCGUCUACUCUCUCGUUGUUCUCCCUCUUCUAAACCCCGAACAAAUAAUGCAAAGCCUAUAAAUCAUGAAACCACGAAAACUUCCUUCUUCGGCACUCUCACGUGCGCUGUCACGUGCCUUAAGCACUUCAACCACUACGACCACACCACUUCAAUGCGGAUCGGCGUUUCCCUCGAAGACGGUAACCGUUUCAAACUUCGAGCCUUCGUUAGCGGAGCUCCGGCACCAUGUCCGGUCGUCGGACUUCGUUGCCAUCGACCUCGAGAUGACAGGCGUCACUAGUGCGCCGUGGCGUGAGUCCUUCGAGUUUGACCGCUCCGAUGUUCGGUAUCUCAAGGUCAGAGACUCCGCGAGCAGGUUCGCCGUCGUUCAAUUUGGCGUCUGUCCGUUCCGAUGGGAUCCAUCCAAUCAGUCCUUCGUCGCUUAUCCGUACAAUUUCUAUGUUUUUCCACGUCCAGAGCUUGCAGGUUUUGGCCCAUGUAAUGAUUUUCUCUGCCAGACCACUUCGAUGGAUUUCUUGGCUAAAUACCAGUUUGAUUUUAAUGCAUGCAUACAUGAAGGAAUAUCUUAUUUGUCCAGAGAACAAGAAAGAGAAGCAGUAAGAAGUUUGAAUUCAACACAUGAUAGUGACUGGUCAGACAUUUCUAAAUUAAAUGAUGUUAGGGACAUACCAAAUGUCAAUAUGGCAGACAUUUUGUUCACUGCACGAAUGAAAAAUAAGUUCAGUGAAUGGCGUGAUGGGUUACUACAGGAGCAAACUCAAUCAGACCAUAUUCAAGGAACUCAGAAAGACUCAAAACAACAAUUUCAAGUGAUUUUCUUUAAAACACAUCCAGCUCUCAAGCUUGAUGGAUUCACCUCACGUCAGCUUAAGUUGAUUCAGUUGGUCAUCAAAAAACACUUCAAAGAUCUUUCUUAUAUCAAUGUGAACAGAGAGGCUUCUGGUUUACAACAAAUAGUUGUGUAUACAGACUCAGCGGAUGAACUAAACUUACUUCUGAAGGAGGUAAAAGAGGAAAAUCACAGGGCAAAAGAGAUGAAGAUCCAAGCUGCAAUCGGAUUUCGCCAUGUUAUUGAUGUCCUUUCGUCAGAACAGAAGUUGAUAGUUGGUCAUAACUGUUUUCUAGAUAUGGCUCAUGUCUACAGCAAAUUUAUCGGUCCCCUUCCUGGGACUCCCGAAGAGUUUGUUGCCUCUGUUAACAAGUGCUUUCCACACAUUAUUGACACCAAAAUACUCCUGAACACUAAUUAUAUGCUCCAAGAAAGAAUGAAAAAGUCCAGAAAAUCACUGGCCUCUGCAUUUUCUAUGUUUUGUCCACUAAUUGCUGCAGGCUCCAACAGCACCGGGCUAAUUUCAGCAUCCCUUGUCAAAGUAAACAUUGAAGUUGAUGAUUCAAGAUCGUCAAGCUGGAACCCUGGAGGCAAGCACGAGGCAGGAUACGAUGCUUUCAUGACUGGAUGCAUCUUUGCCCAGUUAUGCAGUGAUUUAGGAGUUGAUUUUAAACUCCAUGAAUCUUCAAAACAAUUAGCUUCAAAUGAGAAACUACAGAAUUACAUUAAUCAUCUAUAUCUUAGUUGGUUGCAUGGGGAUAUUAUUGAUCUAAAUACCGGCGAUAAGGUUGCAAAUACUUUACCAAGCUAUAACCUCAAGAAACGCUACCCAAAUAUUUUGUUCGAGAACAUUGUCAUUAUUUGGGGAUUUCCUACUAAGCUAAAGGCAAACGAAGUACGAGAGUGUAUAUCGAAAGUUUUUGGUCUAACAUCUGUUGUUUCUGUCUACCACUUGGAUGCAACAGCAGUGUUCGUUCAGUUUAGCAAAACUGAACUAGUUUCGGAUUUUCUUUUAUUGAAGGAAAAGUUAGAGACAAGUAAUGGUCCAAUCUUGGUUUUGCAUCCGCUGGCAAAACUGUUGGAUGGUGGAAAUACAUGUGCUGCUAAUUAUGAUACUUAUAAAGAAAUUUGUGGUUCACCCUUAUCAGAAAGUCUGUUUGCUGAUCAAGCAAAGGCCGUUAUCUUGAAGUCGAAAACCAAAUCGAUCGAAUACAAGGUAACAUCGAGGAGGAAAGAACAUAAAAAUGCAAGUGUAGAGGAUAAUGAAAAAGAUGCAGCUAUGAAAUUUGUAGAAAAGAUCAAGCCAAAUACAAUUGAUCAGAUAAGAAAUGUUGAAUCUCGUAGGCAAGCCUCCCAAUUUGAGAUUGAAGAUUCCUGUGUCGCAGAAGCCAACUUGUGAUUUUAAUUAGUGUACACCGUUAGAUUUGAUUGUAGUGUAAUAUUAACAAAAAAAAUGUGACAAUAAUUUUUCUAUUCUAUAUAUGACUAUAAGGAAGUCAAAUUCAGCUGUAACCGAUAAGUUGGUCACAGACAAACCACUUAUAACAAUAGAUAAUUAUAACUAACAUAGUCAUUUAUUGCUGUUGUUCAAA